AUGCACGUCCUCUCAACGCUCAUCUCGAGCUUGGGCCUUCUUGCUCAGAUCAGCGGCGCCGCCUAUACCUUGCAGGAUGACUACGGCACCACCGACUCGUUUUUUGACAAAUUCAGCUUUUUCACCGUAUGUCUUCUUGUUCCACUUACCCCCCCUUCUUCUCCCGGGAUUUUCCCACAACACACUAGAGACGAGACAUUUGCUUUUCAAAGACUGACUCGCCAAUCCGAAAUCUGGCAGGAUGCGGACCCCACCAACGGCUAUGUGAGCUAUGUCGACCGGUCGACGGCGAGUAACGGCGGAUUGAUCAGGUCCACGGGCAGCUCCGUCUAUAUCGGCGUCGAUACGCGAAACCAAGCCUCGGGCUCCGGACGACAGAGUGUCCGGUUGACCAGCAACAAGUCGUACCAGCACGGACUGGUGAUUCUUGAUCUGGCUCACAUGCCCGGGAGCGUGUGUGGAACGUGGCCUGCCUUUUGGAUGCUCGGUACAAAUUGGCCCAGCAAUGGCGAGAUUGACAUCAUCGAAGGGGUCAACACGCAGUCCGCCAACCAGAUGACUUUGCACACCAGCGACGGCUGUUCGAUCCAAAAUUCAGGCUUUACGGGCUCGCUCGAGACGUCAAACUGCUUCGUCGAGGCCUCGGGUCAACCGGCCAACUCCGGCUGCGCGAUUUCCAGCAACAGCGCACAGUCGUACGGAGAUGGAUUCAACCAAGUGGGUGGCGGAGUCUACGCCACAGAAUGGACCUCGUCGGCGAUCAAAGUCUGGUUUUUCCCCCGAUAUGCGAUCCCUUGGGAUAUCACCAGUGGAAAGCCAAAUCCCGCCAGCUGGGGAGCUCCGACAGCUGCAUUUGCGGGGAGCUGCAAUAUUGACUCUCACUUUAACAAUCUCCAGCUUGUCUUCGAUAUUACCUUCUGCGGUGACUGGGCCGGCAACGUCUGGUCCUCCGGCACUUGUCGCUACAAAGCUCCCACCUGCAAUUCAUUCGUUCAGAAUAACCCGGCUGCUUUCCAGGAGACCUACUGGAGCAUCAACUCGCUCAAAGUGUACCAGGAUAACGGGAGCCCCCUGGGCAACAUCCACGCCCACGCCGCUGCGCACAUUGGUGGUAAGCAGGCGAUCGGACAGCCCAUCGCUCACCGGAGAGGUACAGCGCCAUACAUUCGCCCAGGACCACGUCCAGUCUAG